AUGAAUUGGACUAACGAAAAAGUGUUAGAUCUCAUUGAAUGCUACAAAAAUAAACCGGUACUAUGGUUCCCAAAGGACCCAAAGUAUUACAACAAAUUUGCGAAAUCCGAUGCGUGGGAUGAUUUGGCCAAAGAAAUGAAAAUUACACCAGAUGAAUGUAGGAAAAAAAUAACCAGCCUUAAUGCAUCAUUUCGACGAGAAAAAAUGAAGAUGAAAAAUAGUCAGAGAACUGGCACAGGAACAGACGAAGUUUAUGAGAGCACAUGGUUCGCAUUCAAACAUUUUGCCUUUAUUAUGGAUAAGGACAAUCCACGACCUACAUUAGAUACUGUCGUCGAAGAACAAGUUGAAAUUGAAAAUCAGAAUAAAGAACCCGAAGUCGAUGUGUUACAAUCCACUGAAAACCUAAAUGAUUCAGCAUUUUCAAUUUUAACUGCUGCGGCAAAACCGGUAGAAGAAACGGAAUGUAGUGCGUAUGGAAAAUACAUAGAAACUAAGCUACAAAGUUUUUCCCCACAAACAAGAAAUGCUGUUCAACAUGAGUUCGGUAACAUCAUUUUUAAAGCUUGCCAGGGGUUUUAUGAAUAUAACUAA